CACAGGCAGGUGCAUCUGAUGCUUAAUUCUGAGUGCAUCUAAGGACUGCAAACUAAAUAACAUCAAGAACAGUAUUACCACAAACUCGACCCCCCCGGUGAUUGUUCCUACAACAGUCAAGUCGAGCUCCGAGCUUGAAUGCACUGCUUCAGACGGACAGCAGCAGCUCGCGCAGCCUGGAGAACCAUUUCUAGAAGUACUCCUGCCGGAAUCACUACCAGAACAAGACCAACGAGAACAUUUCAUACCUCGUCACCCCCAACGCAAGCCAAAAUGGCCGCCGCCACCACCACGGAGCUCCCUUUCAAAAUGCACAUCACCCCGGAGAGCACCGGGCUCUGGCGCAUCCAGCAAACCGAGCAAGCUGCCCAAAAGGCUUCGGAGCUGUUACAGCUAGACCUUGAGAACCAUCACGUCUUCUUCAACGACGACGGGUUCCACAACCACAUCUCCCACCACCUACUCGCACUGUACGGCACCGGCGCCGACGCCGCGGCGCUGCAGUUCGCCUAUGACCACAACAAGGGGUACCAGCGGCGGGCUUUACCGGCGCACGACAGGACGUCGUUGCCCUUUUUUGCUGACGAUGGUGAUGCUAGAGGUAACUGGCCACAAACGGCAAAGCCGUACCUCGGCAAGGAGGCCUACUACCCGGAUUUCCUCCGCUUCUUCCAGCGCGAGAUGGCCAGGAUAUCUGAAAAUGGGGAGGAGAGUAUUGGCGGGUGGCAACGCGUACUGAGGGACUACCUCCUCACCAAGGAAAAGGGCGGGGAUGAGUUGCUUGUGAGGCUGUACGCCGGGUUUUUGCACCCGUUGAUUCAGCUCAUGUAUGGCGUUGAGUGGCACCAAGAAGCUAUCGUCGCCGAGGCGCUGGCGCAGACGGCCGUGCACUCGGACGACAUCAAGGUUUUUCUCUUGGGCACGGAGGAGGAAGCGAGCAAAGGCACGGAGCUUGCCGGACACGGUGGGCGGAAAAUGCCCCCGAUUCUAGACCUCCUCCAGGAGGCGAGACAAAACGAGAAGCUUGCCAAAGCCGCGCAGCCAGGGGAUAGCAACAAGAUUCGCGACGGAGUUCUCGCCCGCGCAAAAGACGAAAUGAUCCGCCUCGCUGCCAAGGUAAGAGUCGCGCCGGACGAGGUCGAGGAGCGCACAGCCGAAAUGUUUGACGCGUGCGUGUUCAUGGCCUCGGCGGCCGCCCUCGUCCAGCCGAGCAAGCAGCCCAAGUUUGACUUUUUCUUGAUGCAUCACGUCAACGCGAGCCCAAUCUCCGUGACGCUCAAUGCCCAGGACUGGAUUCCGCCUGAGACCAAAGCACGGCUCCUCGAGUGGAAAAUCCGCAUGGACCUGCUUCAAUAUGCGGCGCGAGGAGUGCCCGAAUUGUCGGCUGAGAGGCUGGCGGCGUACCAGCCAAGAAAACCCCAUUCAGGGGGCUCACUGGCCGAGAUAAUCGCCCGGGUGCACCGCCUUCCCGACGACGGACACGCCAUCAAGCUCGGUCGAGCCGCCGUGGUCUGCCACAACAUCUGCAAACGGUACGAAGACGAAGGUAAAGACUGGCCGAGAGUGAAAGGAGACGAUUUGUGGACCAAGGUAUGCCAUCUAAUCGUCGAUUCCGUCGAGGCUCCGGGGGAGCGCUGGGUGCGCAGUUGUGGAUUGGAUGAGGCAUGGAAGGACAUUCCGGAUAUCAAAGAUGUCAAGCUGUAGGCCAUGGCUCGGAAGAUGCGCGCGGCUCGUUGGGUGGGUGUAAUCUUCCUUCCAACCCCAGGCGACAAGGCCACCGU